AUGCUGGAUCAGUCGUUCGUCGUCCUGCCGCCCAAUUCCUCCGCGUCUCACGGCGUGCCUUACGGCGCCUUUCACGCUCCUCGUCAUGUAGCCGCUGGAGGGGCAAUCCGACCGUCGAUUCUGCGUCCCCUUAUAGGCAAUCCCGUUACUGCUGCGAGUCCUGGUGCUGUUCCUGCCGCGUCUGCCGCCGUGUCUCCUGCUGCGGGCUCAGCUGCGUCGCCUGGUGUGUUGCUGUGCGCUGUUGCUGUUCCCCAACUAACGUCACCUCCUUGCUUUCUUACCUACCUCCCCUCCGCUUCGCCCCUCCCCUUUGCCUCUCCCCCUUGCUCCCCCUCCUUUGGCCCCUCCCCUUUGCCUCUCCCCCUUGCUCCCCCUCCUUUGGCCCCUCCCCUUUGCCUCUCCCCCUUGCUCCCCCUCCUUUGGCCCCUCCCCUUUGCCUCUCCCCCUUGCUCCCCCUCCUUUGGCCCCUCCCCUUUGCCUCUCCCCCUUGCUCCCCCUCCUUUGGCCCCUCCCCUUUGCCUCUCCCCCUUGCUCCCCCUCCUUUGGCCCCUCCCCUUUGCCUCUCCCCCUUGCUCCCCCUCCUUUGGCCCCUCCCCUUUGCCUCUCCCCCUUGCUCCCCCUCCUUUCGCCCCUCCCCUGCGCCAAUCAGCGCCGCCCUCCCAUCUGGACGAGUCGUUCGUGGUGCUACCUGGCUCGGCUGCUUCUGGUACGCCGCCCUCCCAUCUGGACGAGUCGUUUGUGGUGCUACCCGGCUCAGCUGCUUCUGUCUACGGCGCCUCUUCCCUCCCCUACGCGCCCUCCUCCUCCUCCUCCUCCUCCUCCUCCUCCUCCUCCUCCUCCUCCUCCUCCUCCUCCUCCUCCUCCUCCUCCUCCUCGCACACCCGCCCGUCCUCCCACACCCACCCUUUCCCCCUGCCUCCCACCAUGUCCGGCGCUGCUGCUAACGCACCUGCGCCUACUGCUAUCUCUCCUGCCUCACUCGCUGCUGUUGCUGCCGCUGCUGCUUCUGCUCCCCCAAGCGAACAGCAGCAGCGGAAAGUCAAAGAGAGAGGCGGUGAGAGGCGGGCACGGGAGGUGCAGGCAGGGGCGGGGGGCCUGGCGGGGCAGAUAGAGGCGGUGGAUCGAGUGUUUGACCUGGUGGCGCUGAGGACCAAGGUGGAGAUGCCCCUCUGCUGCCACUGCGCCCACCACGUCUGCCAAGAGAUCGACGCCCAGGUGAGGGAGGCAGAGGAGGAAAUAGCAGCAUACGAAGCAGCGCUGCACUCCAUCCUUGCCUCCACCCCCUCCCCCUCCUCCGCCGCACACCACCCCUUCCCGGUCAACUGUGCGAGUCCUCUGUUCGCGCCCACUGCCGCUGGGGCUCCCAUGGGAGAGGACGCAUUCAGGCAGCACAUGGCCGAGGUGGAGGAGGAGGAGCGGCGGCUGCAACAGGAGGCGGAGGAGCUGGAGCAGCAGAAAGCGCAGCUGAGGGCGCAACUGGGGAAGGUGGAGGCGGAACAGGCAGAGCUGGAUGCUGCUGAGGAGAGGUACUGGCACGAGUUCAACGAUUUUCAAUACCAAGUGUCCGUGCACCAGGAGGCACGUGAUGGCCUUCUAGCGAGCAUAGAGGCGGCAGCAGCGCAGUCAGACGCGUUGAGGCGCAGCUUUGUGCUGAACGACGCCUUCCACAUCUGGCACGAUGGGGACUUUGGCACAAUCAACAACCUACGCCUCGGCCGCCUGCCAUCCGUGCCCGUGGAGUGGGAGGAGCUGAACGCAGCAUGGGGCCAGGCGUGCCAUCUGCUCUUUACUCUCGCCCGCAUCGCCAACUGCCCCGUCGCCCAUCGUAUCAUCCCCAUUGGAAGCUUCCCGCGAAUCUCCGACGGCCACAACCAGUUUGAGCUCUUCGGCCCAGUGAAUCUGUUUUGGAGCACGCGCUACGACCGGGCGAUGCUGCUCUUCCUGCAUGCCCUCACAGAGUUCGCUGCCUUUGCCAACGCUCACGACCGUGCCAACCACCUCCCGCCUGAAAAGUCCUUCCAGCUGCCCUACAAUCAAUUAUUCACUCCCUCCUCCCAUGGACCAUGCUUUCUUCAUCCACCAGUGCACUUCCCCCCUUCCACUUUUCCCCCUCCCUUUCUCCUCUGCCUUUUUCCCUACCCCUCACCUUCCCACUGUCCCCCUCCUCCAUCCAGGAUCGAGGGAGACAAGAUCCAAGGGCUGACAGUGAAGCAGAGCUUCAACCGGGAGGAGAGGUGGACCAAGGCACUCAAGUACCUGCUGUGCGACCUCAAGUGGGCGCUCGUGUGGACCAUGACCAACUUCCACCCGCCGCUGCCCACCCCGCCUCCCGCUAUACUGAACCUCGUCUCACACCUCGACCCAGCCUAA